GUUACACACCCACCCACACUCCCACACACACAAUGGCAGCAGUAUCCCGUACCCUCUUCCGCGCCGCGACGAGCGCGCGUGUUCUCGCUCUCCCGCGGAUGGCACCAGCGGCCACCUCUGCGGCCCGCUUCGCGCCGUUCGCAUUCACGCGGUACAACUCGUCCUCGUCCUCCUCCUCGUCGUCCUCAACGCCGGCCUCGACACCUCCCACGACGCCAGAAAGCAGCUCGCACGCGCUCCCUGCACCCGACGCCAACGCGCCGGCCAGCCCCGGCACCACCGGCCCCCAGAAACUGGCCCAGAUCGAGCCCCGCCUCGCCAUGACAUUCACGUGCACGCACAACGACUGCGGCCACCGCUCGACGCACGAGUUUGCCAAGAAGAGCUACGAGAAGGGCGUGGUGAUCGUGCAGUGUCCCGAGUGCAAGGCAAGGCAUUUGAUCGCGGACCAUUUGGGGUGGUUCAAGGAGGUGACCGACAACGGGAAGCUCAAAACCGUCGAAGACCUCGUGCGCGAAAAGGGCGAGAAGGUGACCAAGGGGCGGGUCAACAUGGAUGGGGACAUCGAGUAUGCCCCUUGAGCGGGGGAGGGUUGAGGAGGAGCCUGAG